AGUGAAUCAGAGUUCAGAACCCUGCAAGUCGUCUCCUUCUGUUCUGAAUUUCUAAUUUCUAAUUUAUAAUUUCUAUCCCUCUUUCUCUCUCUAAUCAAUCCAAAAAGUCUUUGUUGAGUUGUAAUCCGUACCAAUGGCGUCGUCGGAUCUGGAAACGAAGGCAAAGGAGGCGUUCAUCGACGACCACUUCGAACUCGCCGUUGACCUCUACACUCAAGCCAUUGGUGUAAGCCCUACCACCGCCGAGCUUUUCGCCGAUCGUGCACAAGCCAAUAUUAAACUCCGAAACUUUACUGAGGCUGUUGCUGAUGCAAAUAAGGCGAUUGAGUUGGACUCUUCAAUGGCCAAGACCUAUCUGCGUAAAGGUGUGGCGUGUAUCAAUCUUGAAGAAUAUGAGACUGCUAAAGCAGCAUUAGAAACUGGUGCUUCUUUGGCGCCUCAUGAUUCCAGGUUUACUAAGUUGAUCAAAGAAUGCGAUGAGCAUAUAGCAGAGGAAGCUGCAGAGCAACCUGAACACUUGGUUGAUAAAGCUCCAAUAGAUGUUGCGACUCCAAAUAAUUUGCCAUCGUUUGUUGGCUUGUCCAGUCAAGGAACAAGCACGCCGGUGUCAUCUACCAAACCAAGAUACAGGCAUGAAUUUUAUCAGAAACCAGAGGAAGUGGUGGUUACAAUAUUUGCAAAGGGAAUACCCGCAAACAGCGUGGUGGUUGACUUUGGUGAACAGAUACUUAGUGUUACAAUCGAGUUGCCUGAUGAAGAAGCAUAUCAUUUUCAACCUCGCUUAUUUGGAAAGAUCAUACCUAUGAAAUGUAGAUAUGAAGUCAUGUCUACAAAAAUCGAAAUUCGACUUGUCAAAGCCGACACUAUUCAUUGGACUUCCCUUGAAUAUAGCAAGGAUGUUGUGUUUGUGCAGAAAGCAGUUGUACCAUCAGGAAAACAAAAACCCACAUAUCCUUCCUCCAAACCUAACAGAGUAGAUUGGGAUAAAUUGGAAGCUGAGGUUAAAAAGGAGGAAAAGGAUGAAAAACUAGACGGUGACGCAGCUUUGAACAAAUUUUUCAGAGACAUCUAUAAAGAUGCCGAUGAGGACACAAGAAGAGCCAUGAGCAAAUCCUUUGUUGAAUCAAAUGGGACAGUGCUAUCGACGAAUUGGAAAGAAGUGGGUUUGAAGAAGGUUGAAGGAAGCCCGCCCGAUGGCAUGGAUCUGAAGAAAUGGGAGUACUGACCUCUUUUGAUUAAUCCCGUACGUCUUUUGCACAAGGUGAAAUCGCUUUUGCAUGAGUUACUUCCUGGUUGUGAUUGAACAUGUUCAUAUCUCUCUCUUCUCUCCAAUCCAAAUCAACUCUUUUAUCUUAAAAAAACGUAUUAAGUUCAAAAGUGCGUUUCUUUUGUUAUUUUUUAGUUAAUUCAACAUCUAAAAGACCAAAGUUGUACCACUUUGUUUGCAUGUUUCUAUAUACAGAUUUGGGUGAUUAUUAGCAAGAAUCUUUUUAUACA